AUGUCGGAUUACGAGGAAGCAUUUAACGACGGACCAGAACACUUCGAGGACUUCGAUAAUGAACACUUCUCUGAUGCGGAAGUGUAUGACGCCCCAGAAGAGUUCAAAGAUGGCGAAACAAAAGACGAAAAUGGCAAGACUAUCAUUGCCAGUGGUGUAGGUGCCGAUGACUCUCAGCAGCAACAAGAAAACAAUCGUAAAAGGACAUUGAGAGAGAAAGCCAUUCCUAAAGACGAAAGAACCACCACUCCUUACAUGACCAAGUACGAAAGAGCCCGUAUUUUGGGAACAAGAGCUUUGCAAAUUUCCAUGAACGCCCCAGUUUUUGUUGAUCUAGAGGGCGAGACAGACCCACUGAGAAUUGCAAUGAAAGAGCUGGCUGAAAAGAAGAUUCCACUCGUGAUAAGAAGAUACCUUCCUGAUGGCUCUUUUGAGGACUGGAGUGUGGAGGAGCUCAUCGUGGACCUGUGA